CGAUUGUCUCUCUCUGCCUACUACACGUAGACGUGCAAUCGCUAUUAUAUUUAUAAAUGUAAUAACAAAAGAGAAAAGGAUCCUCGUCGUUGAACGCCGAGAGUGCACUUGUUGUUACAAUAUUAUAUACUGCGAACGAAGAAGAAGAAGAAGCUUUGCAUCCCUUUGGUCGACCGUCGAAAAUUGACAUUUGCCGAGUGUAACAUAGCAUAUGCAUAGUUAUUUGCACCGACGACAUGCAAAUUGGCUUUUGCGGAUUCUCUCCUUGCUCACCGUCGUCGUCGUCUUCGUCGUCGUCGUCGUUGUCGCCACCACUGCCUAAACGAGCCUACACAACUGUAUAUAGCCUGUAAAACGAACGAGAAAGAGAGACAGAGAGAGAGAACAAAAAAAAAAUAAGGGCUUCUUCGUUCCUACGUAUAUCUACCUAUACACGACUAAACUGCCACGGCAUUUUAAUCGCACGUUAUAUACUGGCAAAGUACACCGACCGAGAGCGAGGAGGACACACGACGCGCAGCAAAUACAAAAGAAAGAAAUAAAGGAGUCCUCGCGUGCUGUUGUAUUCUAAAGUGCGAUUAAUCUAUCGUAUUCCGACCUCAAUAAUUGCCGCAUAAGCGCGACUUUGAGACAGAGAGAGAGCUGCAUCUGCAUCAACCCCCCACCUCCAGACACCGCUACAACUACUGCUAAUACUACUACUAUCGUAACUACUGUGUAUAUAUGCAACAACGGCAACUUGUACCGCACUCCGAUCCACUGCUGCUGUUCUGUUCUGUGCUUCACCUCUAAUUCAGCUUUUUUGAUAUCAAAACCUUCGUGUUUUACGAGCGACGGGGGCCCUCGACGUUCCUCCAUAUAAUAAAACGCCUAAAGGACCAGUUCCAACAGUAAUGCGGCCAAUGCAACCGGCACCAAUGGCCCCAGUACAGCAUCCACAUUAUCCUCCUCAUAGAGUUCAUCAACAGUUAUCCAUACCGCCACACCAACCUCAACACAUGCAUCAUAUGCAGCAGCAUCCAGCCAUGUCCAACCCACGUAUGAUGAUGAGUAAUCCUAAUGAAAGCCGCUACAUUAUGUUGAAAGUAGUUUUUUUGCUCACUCUGCUCAGCUGUACCAAUGCAGAACUCCACAUGGGAUCUUUGUUCGAUUCGUAUGAAAAUUGGGAUCUUUUUUUUGGACCAUCGGGGUGCAUUGAAGGAACAAUAGUAAAUGUUGGUUUAAAAGACCAAUCAAAUGCUAUUCCUAUGACCAUACAGAAUGUGAAUCAUGCAUCCAUCCAACAGAAUCAAAAUAUCCAAAAUAUUCAAAUGAGCAUUGAUCAGAAAAAACUUUCUACUGAAGAUACACCGGAAACAAAAGAAGAUGGUCAAAGCGGAGCAAAUUCUACUAAUUCUAACUUAUCAAAUACGCGGGAAAAGACUCCAAUGUGCCUUGUGAACGAGUUGGCAAGGUUUAAUAAAAUUCAACAUCAGUAUAGGCUAACCAAUGAACAAGGCCCAGCUCAUAAAAAACGAUUCACUGUGACUUUAAUGCUCGGUGAAGAGGAAUAUGUAGCUGAAGGUCCAAGCAUUAAAAAAGCUCAGCAUAGUGCAGCAAGUGAUGCCCUGACCAAAACUUGGUACAGGAAACCUCCUCCAAAGCCAACCAGAGCAAUGAGAAUCCCUGGAAAAUGUUCUACUGGAGCUGGCCAUUUGCCACCUACAGUAGAACUGAAUGCUUUGGCUAUGAAAAGAGGUGAACCAACAGUUUAUACAUUUAGACAUGCACCACCAGCUGCAACUGCCGCUCCACAACAAUUCGUCGCACAUGGAUACGGAAACUUUCCACGAAUGUAUAAUCCAAGAUAUCCAGCUUACAAUCGUGGUUUCCAUCCAGAGCCUCAAGGAAUUUAUUUGGUGACUUUGAAGGUAGGUGAACGUGAAUUCAUAGGCAGAGGUAUGACGGGUCAAGCUGCCCGACACGACGCAGCAAGUCGAGCACUAGAACAGCUGCGUACGUUACCUUUGCCCGAAGAAAAUACAACAUCUACAGUUACGGUUAACGAAAGCACCAAUGGAACAGCCAGCAGUCCGGGUAUCGAGGACCCGAACGCUGAACUCAAGAGCCCCGUCUCUCUUGUGCACGAAACCGCAUUGAAACGCGGAUUGUGCGUAAGCUUCGACGUGGUUUCCGAAACCGGUAAACCGCACAUCAGAACGUUCAUGACUCGGUGCACCGUAGGUGACAAAGUUACUCUCGGCGAGGGUUCGUCGAAAAAGGUUUCCAAAAAACGUGCCGCAGAACUGAUGCUGGAAGAAUUGAAGAGAUUACGACCGAUAGUAGCUCCAAUUCAAAAUCGUACUCUACGUUUGAGACGUAAACAACCAGCGACCAAAAGAAAGACACGUAAUUUAAUUAAAGUGUACCAGAAACCCCGCACCGAGACCGAUAGUUCUGAAGAAGUAAAUCCUAUCUCACGUUUAGUACAAAUUCAGCAGGCUAAACGCGAGCGUGAGCCUGUCUAUAAUCUUAUAGAGGAAAAGGGGGCGCCCAGGCGGCGCGAAUUCGUCAUGGAAGUCUCCGUUGGACAGCACUCGGCGGAGGGAACGGGCCCCAAUAAAAAAUUGGCUAAACGAGCCGCAGCCGAAGCAUUGUUAGCAUUAAUGGGUUACAGCAAACCCCAGCCGCAACCAACGAAGCCGUCUAUCAAGACAGCCACUGGUGCCGGAGCUGGCACCAAUGGCGCUGAAAACAAAGAGAACAGCGGCGAAAAUAAGCGCAAAGUUACCUUCGUAGAAGUUGACGCGAGAAAUGAAGCAACACACAAUAUUUCUCAAGGUGGUACGUCGGGACGCCAAUUGGUACCUGGUGUGUUAGUUGGAGUGAAGGCUGAAAUGGACAAUGGUACAGAACCUAAGGUCGUAAGCGGCCCGAGUGUUCAAGUCGUAGCAGAGGAAUUGCGUGGCCAACAGUCGCCUCAAUCAGCCGGAUUAUCGCCGACUAAUCAACUCAAAUAUCUAGCACAAUUGCUCAAUUUCCAAGUAUCAUUCAGUGAUUUCCCAAAGGGAACUUACAAAGAGCAUUUAUCGUUAGUCUCUUUGAGCACGGACCCACCUCAGGUUUGCCACGGUCAUGGCCCCACAAAAACGGCUAGCCGUGAUCAAGCUGCUCUUACAGCGCUUCGUAAUUUAAGCAAAAUGGGAUUGGACAGCGUAACGAACACCGCUCCCGGUGCGAAGAAAGAUAAGCCUGCAGAGAGUAAUCAACAGUCAAAUAAUGCGGCAAUGCAGUCUGCUUAUAGUCAACAACCUGCCAGUCCUGGUAGCAACCUAAUAAACGGUGCCCUGGACAAGUGAAAUCCAACGAUGCUUACUUAUUUCAUGACUUGCAACGUACCGAUGGUAAUCGAUUGAUCGAUUGAAUUGUUGGUACAGCUGCAAGAAGCAACAACGCGUUCAGUGCUGACAUCAUAUUGAUUUGACUAUUAUAUAUAUUUAUUUAUAUAUAUGGGUUAAAGAGAUUUAAAGUUACAUUUGAUUCUUGUUACGCUCCUUUCUUCUGAAUGUAUUGCUCAGUUUGUUCUUGAUUUUUACUUUUUUUCUUUAAAGAUAAUAGCAAAGAGUCUUCGUACAACGAUCAUAAUUGAUUUUCAAUGCAGAAAAAAGACUCAGAUUGAAAAACUGACUCUUAUAGAAUUUAAUGUUUGAGUAGUUAUUAUUUUUAUUUAAUGAUCUAUGCAUCUAGGCGUAAGUUAGCUUAUUGAUUUAAUGAUUGUUUCCUAUAUUAUUUUGUCGCACUGAACGUAUUGAUUCAUUUUUGUAUUCUAGUUUUGAGUGUUGCUUAGUGUUAGCGAAAAAAAUCGAAAAAUUAUUUCACAUGACAUUUAACAACACUCAUAAUAUAUAUAAAUUCAUGAAUAUUUCUUUUUGAUUUAUUCUACAAAAAAGGUGUUUUUAUAUGUAUUGUUUAUUAUUCUGUCUAAGUCACUAAGUUUGCUGCUCUUUGCAUAGAUUCAUUUCGCAGAAAUUCUGGCUUGAUGCGAGAAACCAAGAGGCAAAUGUGUCGAGAGAUAGGUUGAUUGUAAUUUUCGUAUAUUAACGCGAUGAGUACUAAAAAAGUUAAAAAUUUAAAGGUAGAAUAUAAUAAUUAAGCUGCGAAGUGAAUCUAUAUUUGAAUAAUUUUUUACAAUAAUUGCUGGUGAUCAUUUUACGUGAUUUUAUUUUUAUCCGAUUGUGAUCACUUGGCAAAUCUUAUUUAUUCACUGAAUGAACAGAGACAAAUAAGAAAAAAAAAUCAAUUUUCGUACUAUCAAAUGAAUUAGACAUUGAUACCGCAGUUUAUGUCAUUGUCAUGAAUGUAAUUACUAUGUCCAAUUACCUAAACUUAAAAUGAAUUAUAUAAAUAAUAUAUAUGUAUACAUAAACUUAGAAAAUGUAGAAAUGAUCAAUUUUCGUUUUGCUUUCUCUUGAUUGUUUUAUCUGGAUCACGUUCUGCGAACGAGAUAACUAUUUUGUAUCGAUAAAGUUUAAAAAAACCUUGCUGGAACAACGCGUGUAUAAAGAAAAGAGAAGGAAAAAUGUACUGAAAAAAAAUAAUUUAAAAAUUAGAAAAAGACCAAAAACAUGUACUUGUUAGGUAAUUAGAUGUUUGCGCGAUAUUUAAAAUUUACCCAUAUUGCUUUUCAACUGUGGCCUUUGAAGCAUUCUGGGAUUAUAUUCAUGCUAAUGUCAUAAAGGUAUAUUUAAGACGAUGUACUGAAAAACGAGAUAACGGAUCGCUACAACGAGCCAUUUGAAAUUUUCAAGAGCCAUAAAUGCGUGUGUAAACUAUAACAAUUCAUUAUUCAUGAAGAAGAGAAAGAGAGACAGUUGGUGGCUCUAUCGAAAUUUGAAAAUUUCAAAAGGUUUAAGUUUUUUAUUAAAAAAAUAAAUGAAAUAAAAAAACUAGGAAUUUUUAAAUAACUGGGUUGAUAUAUUAAAAUUCAGACUCGUUGUGUUAGGAUUCGUCGCGACAAUCGCGAGCGUUAAAAAAAUUAUAUUAUAAAUUAGUGUCGCUUAACAAUUCUGAAACAACGCCAAUAGCGAAUUUUGAACUAUUACCCAUGCAAGGGAGAAUACAUGACCGAGUAAAGAAAGAAACAAAAAAAACUCCUAUCAAAGAUAUGUAAAAUAAUGAAUGUAAGCAAUAUGUAACAUCGGUACGCGUAUUUAAAUAAUUUAUUAGUAAUGAACUGAUGGCUGUCGAAAAUUUUAAUUUCUCUGCAGCAUUUUUAAUGAUUUAUAUUUUGGUAGGUUUGUAUUAAAAGUCGUACCGAUGAUAUCGAUAUAAUGAUAUUGACUUGCAUUCAUUAUUCAUAUUGCAUGCAUAUAUCAUACAUAACAUAUAACCACUCGCAUUUUCAAUUCAGUGAAAAUAUAACUCAUGAAAAGAAUUGACAGUUUAUACAAUCCUACAAAUUACAUUUCAUUUUUUUCAAAUAGAUAGAGAUUUCUGUUGAAUCUUGUUAUUGACGACCAUUCAUAACUUUUGUAUCAAGUAUACAUUAGGAUUACAAUAUUAAGAAAACGUACUUCUUAAAUACCAAUAAUUUUUUUUCCGUAUUGGACUAAAUAUUUAAUUGAAGCAUCCGAACGUUAUGAAUGGGUUUUUUCAUGCAUAAGAGAAAAUGACAAUUUUCUUUCGAUGAAAGUUACACAAAGUAUAAUUACAAAAAGGAAUGAUAAUAGUAGCAAAUUGUGAUAACUUCGCAAGAAAAAAAAAUUCAACGGUACUUUCGAACCUAUACAGUAUAUAGGCCUACUAUAAGAAAAGUAAUCUCUUUUAAAUCCCAGUAACUGCUAAUGCACUGCAUUAGCAACCAAAAAAAAUAAUCAUUGUUUUUUACCAUAUAUUUGCACGAUUUUGUGUGAGUAGCUCUUCUCUACUCACGACUGCUUGAAUAUUUUUUUCUUUCUUUACCUUCGCAGAGACUUUUCAUUAAGUAUGAAUUCUUUAAUUUUAUCCUGCUACAAGCCUGCCUAGUGGUACUUUUUUCCAAUUAUCAGUUUGCAUUCUAUUUGUGUUAAUUGCUAUUAUUUAAUUAUAAAUAUAAUUUAGCAAUUAAUUAAAGUGGAUUUUCGUUUCUCAAAUCGCUGAGAAUAAAUUUAAAUGCAUCAUUGAUCAUUAGGAAAAUCGACUUUUCACUUGAGCAGGUGUGAAGCCUACCUAUUCUACGAAAAAUUUGUUUCGUAGCUUCGGUUAAGAGUGAAUAAAAAGCAGAAACAAAUGGAUGAUUUUUUAGUUUGUAUUGGAAAACAAAAUAAACAAUUACGAAAAUAA